AUGGAGAAUCAAAACACCAGAAGAGGUAAAUUUAUUGUAUUUGAGGGUAUAGAUAGAUCCGGCAAAUCUACACAAAUCAAGUUGUUAUCGCAAAAACUUGUUGAAGAAAACAUCAAAAACCAAAUAAUAACAUUUCCAAAUAAAGGAACUCCAAUAGGAAGAAUAUUAGGAGACUAUCUCAAAAGUAGAGACGAAAACAUACCUAAACAAGCUCUGCAUCUCUUGUUUUCUGCAAACAGAUGGGAAGAAAUGAACAACAUUAAGCAAGUACUAGAAUCUGGCACACAUGUUAUAACCGAUCGAUACGCCUACUCAGGAAUCUCAUAUUCAGUAGGAGCAGAAGGUUUAAACUUCGAUUGGUGCACAAUCCCAGAUAAGGGUCUAAUACAACCUGACGUCGUGUUUUAUAUGGACAUAGAACCGGAACAAACAACAUCAAGAGGGGAUUUUGGAGUUGAAAUUUAUGAAAACAUAGAACACCUAAGAAGUGUACAUCAAGCUUUCAAAAAGUUCACACACCUGCCCUAUUGGAACAAUAUACAAGCAUUUGGAGACCAAAACGUAUAA